GCUGCUGCUGCUGCUGCUGGGCCUCUCUCAGGCCAACCCUCUCAUGGAGGAUGGAAGUGGACCAGAGAUCCUAACAGACAACCCUGAGGCUGUAGACAUCACUGAGAGAAUUCUGACCACUAAUAACGGCUCCAGUCAGUUCCUGUUGGAGGGGGACAUGGUGGCACCAACAACCAGAAACGCCAUGAUUUGCUAUAGUGCCGGGUGCUUCUGGAACAAAGGCUCCAACGGACUGGUUGAAGUGCCCUACACAGUGAGCAGUAGCUUCAGUUCCUCUGACAAGCAGGGCAUUGAAAACGCCCUCCGGGCCUUCACUUCCCAGACCUGCAUUCGCUUCGUGCCUUGGCAGAAUCAGGUUGACUUCAUCAGCUACGAGCCCAGAGACGGGUGCUGGUCCUCUCUUGGGAGAAUGGGAGGCCAACAGACGGUCUCUCUCCAAAUGGACGGCUGUGUUUACUUCGGCAUCAUUCAGCACGAGACUCUCCACGCUCUGGGCUUCCAACACGAACAAACCAGGAGCGACCGUGGCGAGUACGUCACCAUCAACUGGAGUAACAUCGACUCUAACAAUGCCUUUAACUUUGAUAGAUCAAACACCAACAACCUGAACACUCCCUAUGACUACAGCUCUGUCAUGCACUAUGGAAAAACAGCCUUCUCUGUCAACGGGAUGGACACCAUCACCCCCAUCCCCAACCCCAACGUGCCCAUCGGCCAGAGACAGGGUUGUCCACCACAGACAUCCUGA